AUGACCCAGUCACAGAGUCAUCCCGACACCAUCGCCGCUGCCUCCGCGCCAGUCUUCGAGCGCCACCAGGACGACAGCUCUCCGAUUUCAGCCCAUCAUGAAUCUUGGCCUACCUCACCUUCAAAUUUUGAUGGCGAUACCGACGUUGACCGAGAUGCCUAUAAACGAUCGCUAGCAAACCGGCCUCCGGCCAAUGCGCCUAAGGGGCCGGCAGCCGAUCGAUUUCGCGGACAGAACCAAGGCAGUCGGCCACCGCCCAACGCUCCGACUGGCCCUGCUGCUCAUAGAAAGAAGGAAGUGAAUCGGAACCAUUUCGGCAGAUCACAUCAGCAACCGGUAACUCUAGCCGUCGCGCAUCCGAAUUCCAAAAGUUGGGCUAGCAAGGACUACGGAGAGAUGAAAAUGUUCGAGAAGGGAAUGGAGCAGAUGAAAUAUAGGCGCAUGGCUAAUUCUCCUUGUGUCCCCCGAACUGCCUCGGAAUACAUGAUCCUCAGAGAAGAAAAUUUGCAAAAAGCCAAGCAACACAUUGCGUGGAAGAAGCAGCAUGACGAAGAGGAAACGGAUGAUCGAGUAAGCAAUAACAAGAACACGUCUCUGCCCUGCGAAAAGCUUUCAUCGCGCGAGUUGUUCCCGAGGCGCAAUGCGCAGAUAUACUGGCAUGCCGGCUCCACCAAGGACCUCCGAGACUGGCCAACUCCUAACGACUUCAAAAACCAUGGGGAUAGGAGGAACGAGCAAGGAAAGAAGCAAAUUCUUCCCCCAGACCAAAUAAACGAGUUUCAGCCGAUAGACUCAAGAAAAUCAAACGGCGUACACAAGGACGCGGCGGCCUCAGAUGAUCAGCAGAUCAGACUCGAAGAGCUUUCUGAGCGGUGCCAAGAGCUGAUCAAGGACUUGAUCGACGCGGGCGACGAGAAGAACACUGAGAGAUAUGUUUAG